AUGUACUGUGAUUUGGCAGUGAUUUCUGCAAGAGAUUUAGGGCUUUUUAUGAGUUUUGAGACUUUUUUAGUUGUGUUACUUGAUACUACAACUGCCCUGGGAGAACUAGGAUGGAAAACAUUUCCCUUAAAUGGGUGGGAUGCCAUAACUGAAAUGGACGAACACAACCGUCCCAUCCACACUUACCAGGUGUGCAACGUGAUGGAGCCCAACCAGAACAAUUGGCUGCAAACCAACUGGGUGUCCCGCGACGCCGCGCAGAAAAUCUACGUGGAGAUGAAGUUCACCCUGAGGGACUGCAACAGCAUCCCCUGGGUGCUGGGCACCUGCAAGGAAACCUUCAAUCUCUACUACAUGGAGUCAGAUGAGCCUCACGGAGUAAAAUUCAAGCCCAACCAGUACACCAAAAUUGAUACCAUAGCUGCUGACGAGAGCUUCACCCAGAUGGACUUGGGCGACCGCAUCCUCAAGCUCAACACUGAGGUUCGUGAAGUUGGGCCCAUCAACAAGAAGGGAUUUUAUCUGGCUUUCCAGGACAUUGGGGCGUGCAUUGCUUUGGUGUCAGUCCGUGUCUAUUACAAGAAAUGCCCGUUCACGGUCCGUAACCUGGCCAUGUUUCCUGACACCAUCCCAAGGGUGGAUUCCUCCUCGCUGGUGGAAGUGCGGGGCUCCUGCGUGAAGAGCGCCGAGGAACGCGACACCCCAAAACUGUAUUGUGGGGCAGAUGGCGAUUGGCUGGUGCCUCUGGGACGGUGCAUCUGCAGCGUGGGGUACGAAGAGCUGGAGGGUUCCUGUCAUGCCUGCAGGCCUGGAUUCUAUAAAGCAUUUGCUGGAAAUGUGAAGUGCUCCAAGUGCCCUCCACACAGUUUGACUCACAUCGAAGCAACUUCUGUCUGUCAGUGUGAGAAGGGUUAUUUCAGAGCUGAGAAGGACCCACCAACUAUGGCAUGUACCACACCCACCUUGAUAGGUAUGGUCAGGAAGGACUGGGCUUCCCAAAACAGCAUUGCCCUCUCCUGGCAAGAGCCGGACUUUCCCCAUGGAGCAAUUCUGGACUACGAGAUCAAGUACUAUGAGAAA